AUGACUGAAACGGCAGUCGAGCCGUCGCCGCCAGGCAGCCCUUCCAAGCGUAAGCGCGGAGCCGAGUCGAGCUCGCCAGACACACGUCGGUCAAAGCGCGGCGCGGCUGCACAGACCGUGCCUACCGCUUUCAUGGAGUCUGCGGCCCAGCCGGACCAGGCAGGUGGCGCUGAGGCCACGACCGACUUCAGUGGUGUCCCUGCUGCCGACGCCGCCGCGACCGCUGCAGACGGCGCUGAGGGCACUGAGGCUGCUGCUGGAACCGACUCGGACGCGGCCAACCAGCAGCGCACCAACGCGGCCAACGCGGCCAGCGCGGCCACGGCCGCCGCCGUGCUCGAUUCCAUGUUCCCGCAGCUUAACGUGCCCGUCUCCACAGAAGAGACGUUUGCCAACCAACAUGUCGAGGGCGAGCACCACGGCGACGCGUCGGCCUACAGCGCGGGCGAUGUGACGCAGGGCGAUCUGUCUCUGGACGUGGCGGGCGGCUCCAACGGCGUGGGGAAGCGGCCCAUGUCUGGCAUUCAGUCCAAGCCCGCCGUGGGUUCUGAGGAAUGGCACAAAAUGCGGAAAGACAACCACAAAGAGGUUGAGCGUCGUCGGCGAGAGACGAUCAACGAGGGCAUCAACGAGCUGGCCAAGAUUGUUCCUGGCUGUGAAAAGAACAAGGGGUCCAUCCUGCAACGCGCCGUUGUGUUCAUCACGCAGCUGAAGGAGAACGAAACACAGAACAUUGAGAAGUGGACGCUCGAGAAGCUGCUCACAGAACAAGCCAUUGCCGAGCUGUCCGCCUCCAACGAUAAGCUCAAGGCCGAGCUCGAGCGCCUCUACAGCGAGCUCGAAACCCUGCGCAACGAGAGAGGCAAUGCCACGGCCGGCGAGGAGAAGGCAGAGGCGACGAGCUAG